UUAAUAACUAUAAAAUCAUUGUCAUUGCGCUAUCUUGUGGUUGGUUGGCAAUAUAAACGUUUUGGAAACGCAACCGAAUUACGAGGCAUUCUUAUCACUAAUCGGAAUUUCGGAAAAAUUUAAAAUAGUCUCUUAGCUUUAGUCAUUACUCAUAAGUCACCCAACUUUUGACUUGUAUUAUAGUCGUAUGUAGACAUGUAGCCCUAGACUGUGUGUAAUAGUAUUAUUGUCCUUUAUAGUUUAUACUUAAAAUUUUAUUGUGGCAAUGUUAUUUUGUUGAUAAUUUUCCUGACAAAAUGUUCUUUAUUCAGUGGUAUUGGACCUGUUGUCUUGAAAAGUCUAAAUAUUUCUUUCCAUAAUAAUUGUUCUGUAAAACAAAUGAUUUCUACAACUGUUAACUGCUACCUACCUACAUUGUUUCAAAUGAAUAUGAUUACACAACUUUGAAAUGGAAAUAAAUCAUGAUAAACUUAAUUGUAUUGAUAAAACGUCCAAAAUAAAGUGUUUGUCACCACAUUCAAAGAAGAAGGUGAAUGUGCGCAAAACAACUUAUUGCAGACGGCCCGGAUUAGUUUACAAGAAUCUUAUAAAAAAUCAAAAUACAAUACAAACUAGUCAAUACUUUGAAUCAACAUAUGAUGGUCAAUGGAUUCCACCUAGAUCUCCAUAUACUCUUAUACAGGAAGACUUAUUUCAUAAUCCAUGGCAACUGUUGAUUGCUACUAUAUUUUUAACAAAAGUAACUGCAAAACUUGCGAUUCCAAAAAUUCACGAAUUUUUACUGAAAUGGCCCACACCAGAAGAUGUGAUGAAUGCAGAUCCCCAAGAUUUACUAUUUUCAGUAAAAAAUUUAGGACUAGAAAAUACUCGUGUUAAAACUAUAAAACAAUUUACAGCGGAUUUCUUAUCAAAAAAAUGGAAGUACCCAAUAGAAUUGUAUGGAAUUGGCAAGUACGGUAAUGAUUCAUACAGACUCUUUUGUGUUAAUGAAUGGAGAAUAGUACAGCCUGAUGAUAUACUUUUAUCAAAAUACAAAAACUGGCUAACGUUGAAUGAGAAACAACUUGGAAUUUAAGAUUCUUAUUAUUUUACAAUUUAAUUUUGCUACUCUUAUAGUGUAUAUUGAAAUAUAAAUGUUUUGUUUGUGUAUUUAUAAUAGUCAUUGAAUAAUUUUAUAUAGUUAUUAUAUUUUAUACAUUUUUAAUGAUAUACAGUAAAACCUCAGUCCUCAUUAAUCCGGAUUUUAGGUUAUUUGAAUUAAUGAAAGUCCAGAUUAAACAAAAUAACCAAAAAUCGUAAAUUAUAAAUUUAAAAAAAUUUUACCAUACUAAUUUUAGUCUAAUACAUUUAUCUAACAAUAUUGAACCUGAAAAAUACUAAAUAUUACAUAACUGAAUUUUAACUAUUAAAUAUAUAUACAUAUAGUAUUAAGGUAUACUUUUUAGCACUUUUCUAGUAUAAACUAACGUAAUUUAUGUAUUCUAAACGGUUGUCCUUAUAAAGCAAAGUCCGGAUUAAUGAGGAUUUACUGUAUUUAUCUAUUGAAAAUUUGAUCUCUUUAAUAUGGUACUGUGUUAAUCUUUAAUCUGUAUAACAGAAUUUAUGUGGUCAAUAUUUUUUACAUAUAUAAUUUUACAAAACA